UUCCUACUAGAAAAAGGCACAGCCAGAAUACCUUUCCCUUCAUUCUUCCUAUCUUCAUCAUCAAAAAGAAAAAGAAAACCUCUUGCAAUCCUUCAGCUAUCAUUCACCGUUGCCGGAAAAUGCAUGUUCCGGCGAACAGUUAUUUUCUAUCUAUACGCUAUAUUCGCAUCUCCGAUCACCGUCGCCAUAUCUUUCACGAAGCAACCUAAUCCUUCUUGUGCAAAAAAAGCUUCCAUAACUCUUUUGCUAAUAAAUGCGCAUUAAUCUUUUUUGGUUCUGAAAUUUUGAACUUAAUUUUCCAGUCAGUUUUUUGUUUUUUGGGAGGUUCAACAUUUUUGGAUGCACAUGCAGAUGAAAUCAGUCAUUAGUUGGUUAAAAAUUUUAGCUGAGUUUUAAGUUUUCAAGAUUUUGGUUAGUUUUGAGCACAAAGAAUCAGAGUUUUAGAGACAGGGAGAGGGAGAGAAGCUUUAAGCUUUUUUUCCCGAUGAAGGUUCAGCCGAUAGACAUCGGUUCACGGGCGGAGAAAGAAACUGCUCCUCGAGCAGAACCAGUCAAGCCAGCUCUUAAAUCUCUUCUUAAAAGAAUCUUUGACCGGCCGUUUCCGAGCGUUCUGCGAACAUCAGCAGCGGAUAAGCUGAGUAUUGGCGAAACUCAGUUCAGCAGCAAAGAUGGAGCGAUUGAUUUCGAGCCGAGUUCGAUUUGUUUGGAUAAAAUGGUUCAGAAUUUCAUUGAAGAUAGCCACUACGACAAGCAACCGCCACCGCAUCAGCCUUCUGUUAAAUACGGCCUUAACCGCUGUACUUGCUUUAACGGAAAUAGUAACGAUAGCUCUGAUGACGAGUUCGAUGCCUUCAGCGAGUCAACCAACGGCGGAUCACCGCCGGCCGAUGCCUGCGAAACACUCAAGAGUCUGGUACAAUGCGCCACCAUCGUCGAGAGAAACCUCUUAGCUGACACGGCGAUGAUCGUUGAAAAGAACAGAAACUGUAAACGGAAAGACGAUUUGAGGAAGAUCGUUACCGACGGUUUAAUUUCUCUUGGCUACAACUCUUCAAUUUGCAAAUCAAAAUGGGACAAAUCUCCAUCUUUCCCCGCCGGCGAUUACGAGUAUAUAGAUGUGGUUUUUGUGGAAGAGGGGAGAAUGUUGAUCGACGUUGAUUUCCGAUCAGAAUUUGAGAUGGCGCGAUCGACUGGGACCUACAAAGCGAUCGUCCAAUCGUUGCCGUUCAUUUUUGUCGGUAAACCGGACCGUCUUGAUCGGAUUGUUUCAAUCGUAUCGGAAGCAGCUAAGCAGAGCUUGAAAAACAAAGGCAUGCACCUUCCUCCUUGGAGAAAAACCGAAUACAUGCGAGCCAAAUGGCUCUCCCAAUUCACCAGAGCCUCUUCACGAACCGGCGACGUUUCUGGUAAAACUGAUAUCAAGGAAACAUUCGACUCCGGUGGUUGCGGAGAGCUGGACUUGAUUUUCGGAGAGGAGAAAAUAGCCUCGACGGAGCAAAAUCCCGACGAAAAGGAAUUACCGGUGACUACGUGGCAGCCGCCGGCGGUCAAAUCAAAAAGUGUAGAGGGAGGAACGAAGAUUGUCACCGGUUUGGCUUCUCUUUUCAAAGAGAAACCAUAAUCAAAUUUUGUUGCAAUUUUCACCGGAUU